AUGUUCUGGGUACGAGUUAUUGGAAUCCCGUUGGAGUUCAUGACGGUCCCAACGUUCGAUAGUAUUGGUGGAGCUUCGGGGAGAGUGGUUGCGGUUGAUGUGACGCUCAACAGGGUCCAAGUAGUGGUUGACGCCAUCAAGGAGCUGUGUUUUGAAACGACGGUGGAUUUCAAAGGAGGAGAAUUUUAUGACGGGGAGGAAGCGGCGGUGUCUCUGCGAUAUGAAAAACUAUUUGGUUAUUGCAAGCUCUGCGAGAUUCUUUGUCAUAAAGAGGAACUGUGUCCACUGGAGGAGAAGAAUAUAAAGUCGAGUCCAGCGCGAAGGAGGGAGAUAAGAGAAGGCACCGUGGAUGGUCUGAUGUACAAAGGGAGAGAUAGUCGAGAAUGCUAUGGGAAGGGCAAGGGUAAAAUGGUUGAUGCAGCAGACUCAAAGUGGGUCAAGGCAGCUGAGCGGGGAUCUAGGAAGCCUCCAACUCAUCAUGGGUACAGAGGUGAUGGCGAGAGCUCGAGGUACAAAAAUACGCGGAGAGAUGAUGGAAGAAAUGGAGUUACAGGUGGGGGAGUUGGCGAUCAGGAGCCACGUAUUAAACCCUCUUCAGAACAAUCAACGGAUGAUCAACGUCAGAGGGUUCCAGGUCUGGAAGCACGAGAAGGAGAGAUUAAGAGCAAUGGAGAUGAUGUUGCGAUAUUACCUUAUGAGGGGUUUCAACUUGAGUUAGCUGAGACGCAAGCGGAGGGAUCAGAGGUGAUUAUGGAGGCUAGUGAGGCGGAGAGGAGCUUAAUUGUGCUUCAAGGAAUGAUGGAGAAGCAGGAUUAUAUGGCAGAGGAUAUUGAUAUGGAACUGGAGGCUAUUAGCGCUACCAUAUUGGAGAGUGAUGUGGAGUUGGAGGCAGAAGAGGAGUUUCAGACUCUUUCGGAGGAAGAAGAAGAUGGGGAGUGGAGAUGCUAA